AUGAAGCUAGACGCGACUGAUCUCAGAUAUGUCACUUCUGAGGAGUUCCGUGUUUUAACAGCUGUGGAGAUGGGCUCUAAAAAUCACGAAGUUGUUCCAAUCGUGCUUAUUGCUCAGAUAUCCGGCUUAAGGAAUGGCGGUGUCAACAAGCUCAUUGGCUCCUUGGCAAAACGUAACUUAGUUUCCAAAGUUCAAAAUGCCAAAUAUGAUGGCUAUAGACUAACCUACGGAGGAUACGAUUUUUUGGCUAUGCGUGCAAUGUCAAAAAGGGACACCAUGCAAUCUGUUGGAAACCAGAUUGGAGUCGGAAAGGAAUCGGACAUUUACAUCGUGGCGGACUCGGAUGGAAACGAGAUGGUUCUGAAGUUACACAGGCUGGGUCGUGUGUCCUUCCGCGCUAUCAAGGAGAAGCGGGAUUAUCUGGGUAAAAGAAAGUCAGCUUCGUGGAUGUAUAUGUCGAGAUUAGCAGCUCAAAAGGAGUGGGCUUUCAUGAAGAUCUUGCACGAGCAUAAUUUUCCGGUACCCAGGCCGAUCGACCAAGCAAGGCAUUGUAUUUUGAUGGAAUUUAUAGAUGCAUAUCCCUUACGACAGGUUUCGGAUGUAACCUCACCGGGGAAGCUGUAUUCGUCCCUGAUGGACAUAAUCAUCCGAUUCGCCCAUGCAGGCUUGAUUCACGGCGACUUCAACGAAUUUAACAUACUCAUUCGACGCGAGACAGGUGAACCGAUUAUUAUUGACUUUCCUCAAAUGGUCAGCACCUUGCAUAUUAACUUGGGUCUUUUCAGGUACUUUAACCGAGACGUCGAAUGUAUUCGGACCUUUUUCGCAAGGCGUUUUCGCUACGAAAGCGCCCUCUAUCCAAGAUUCCGCAAGGUACUAUCUGACGGAGCAGAAGGCGACGAUUUCAGGUUAGAUGUAAUGGUGGAAGCCAGCGGGUUUGGAAAGAGAGAAAUGAAAGUUUUAGAGGAA